GGCAGUGCGGCUGUGACUGUGCUGCUGCACGGAGCUCUCAGUGCUUGCAGCUGACUCGUGCCUCUGGCAGCCAUGAAUGGCCUCGGCCUCCUCAUCCUGCUGACCGUGGCUGGAAUGGUGCACGGGACAUGGGACAAUUGCGGAGGGACCUGUGGACUCCGAGGCGUGGUGUCUGACUAUGGCCUCAUGAUGUACUACUACGGCGACGUGGCUUAUGACUCCAGCAUGACACGCAUCGUGGGUGGUGGCGGUGCCCUGCCAGGGGCCUGGCCCUGGGUCGUCAGCAUCCAGCACCCAUGGGUACCAGACCCAGGGCAUUGGUGUGGAGGGUCCCUCAUCAGAACACAGUGGGUCCUCACAGCAGCCCAUUGCUUCGACAAGUUUGAUAAUAUCAGCCUGCUAUCUGUGGUGAUUGGGGCCACCCAGUUGUCUCAGCCGGGCCAUGGGGCACAAAUGCGCAGUGUCAAGCAGUUGCUGAUACACCAAUACUACAACCCUGAUGACAUGAGCUACGACAUUGCCCUGCUGGAAUUGGACCAUCCUGUCCAGUGCAGCCCCUACAUCCAGCUGACCUGUGUGCCUGACGCCACACUGAGAGCGUCGGAGCUGCAAAACUGCUGGGUGGCUGGCUGGGGUGCCACUACUGCAAGAUCUCAAGAUUCAGCUGAUCACCUCCAGGAGGCCAAGGUCCAGCUCAUCGAUCUGCAGCUCUGCAACAGCAGUGACUGGUAUGCAGGGGAAAUCCACACCCACAACUUGUGUGCUGGUUACCCACAGGGAGGCAUCGACACCUGCCAGGGUGACAGCGGUGGUCCUCUCAUGUGCCAGGACAACAAUGCUGACUACUGGUGGGUUGUCGGAAUCACCAGCUGGGGGAAAGGCUGUGCCAGAGCAAGGCAGCCUGGAGUCUACAUCUCCACUCAGUACUUCUAUGACUGGAUCCUGGUCCACACAGACCCACUGCUUCUGGCACUUGCUGUGGAAACAACCUCCAUCCUACAAGAGGCUCCAUACAUCUCUUCCUUAUGGAUCCUUGUCCUGAAGCCACGUUUACCCAGAAUGAUUUUUGCUUUGUGUGUGUCCCAUGCGAAGAAGGCUCCCCUGACCCAUGCAGGCAUGCGGCUGGACAGAGAUGCUGGAUUCAAAGAAGGCAACAGGCAUGCUGCCGAACUCUUUGGCCAAGUGAACAACUGCUUUGAAAGAGCUCUGUGA